AUGAGCAUCGAUACACUUCUGGAGGCGGCCAGAUAUCUGGAAUGGCAAGCCCAGCAACAACAGAUCACACGUGAAGAGGAGCAGCGCAAAGAGAAGGAGCUCAUCAACAGGGAGGCCGCGUCGAGGCGCGUGGAACUUGUGACCGCGUUGUCUCAGCCAAUCAGAGCCAACCAUGUUGCUUGGGGCAAUGACACUCACCGCCAACAGCCGCAUCAUCCUGCUUCCCCCUCUUUCCCACCCCCUCAAGUCCCCAUCGCUGUCAUCCCAAUGCUCCCAGUUGUCACUGCGACACCCUCUGUCCCGCUCCUUCCACUUGCAACGCAGAUUGCGGCGGCGGCAACGUUGCUCAACGGCUCGCCACCAGUCAAGAACGCUUCCUCCCCCCCACAGCAGCAGCAGCAGCAGCAUCAUCAUGAGCAUCAGCAGCCGCCCUCUCCUCACCUGUUGUGUACUCACCAGAUUAAGGUAGAGACAAGUCCGCAGCUGAUUGGUGCAAAGCCCAGCCAAUCACCGCCUGAGGUUCAGAUUCAGUACUCGGCCUCCAUCAGCACUAAUGGAGCUGGCUCUCUACAUGCACUGGUCCCCCAUCAACUCCCACCUUCAUCUCAGCCUCGGCCAAAUGGAGUGAUGAUGGAGGACCUGAGAGGGAUGGAGGGGAAGAGGAGACCAGGAGGAGCGGGGACCAGAGAGGUGCAUAAUAAACUGGAAAAGAACAGGCGAGCGCACCUCAAAGAGUGUUUUGAGACGCUGAAGAAGAACGUUCCAAAUGUUGAUGAGAAGAAAACCUCCAACCUCAGUGUACUCCGCAGCGCUUUGCGUUACAUACAGACUUUGAAGCGGAAGGAGAAGGAGUAUGAGCACGAGAUGGAGCGUUUGGCCAGAGAGAAGAUCGCUACGCAGCAGCGGCUGGCCGAGUUGAAGAACGAGCUCAGCCAAUGCAUUGACGUCAUCGAGAUCGACCGAGUCCUCCGUCAGACGAUCCAGCCGGAGGACGACCAGGCCUCCACGUCCACCGCCUCAGAAGGAGAAGACAACUUUGAACAGGACAUCGACGAGGACGCCCUUGCUCCUCCCAAACCAACGCUUCCCAUCUUGCAGGUCCAGCCGCUGCUCAACCAUCACCUGUCAAUCCAGCACGCCACCCUGCCUCUUUCUGGAGUCCUGAACACGCCCUUCUCCUCUGCUCCCCCCCACACCAUUGCACCUGCUCUGACCCCAGGUCCGCCCCCCCCACAGCCUGCCCAUCCCAUUCAGCCCCAGGCAUUGCAGCUCCAGUCCACCGUGAUCGCUCAUGCCGCCGUCUCCCACCCUUCAGUCAUCCAGGCUGUCAAUCACAGCCUGCCAGCGAAUCACAAGCAUCUAACGUACAUUGCCCCGUCGCCUGGCCCCAUCUCCUCCAUCCAUCAGCCAAUCGUGGCGGCACCGGCUGCCGCCGUUCACCAGCCGCUCACCGCCCAGCCCAUCGGACACAUCACCGUCCACCCGGUGGCUCAUCUGGGAGGUCCCCUGCCAUCCCACCUCCCGACGCUCUACCCCCAGGGCGUGUCUGUCUCCCAGCCCAUGGUGGGCCACAUCACUCACACCUUCACCCAUCACACCCUGCCGCACGUCCAGGCUAAUCCUCAAGCCAACACUAAUGGAGCCCAGAUGAACAGUGCAGCCGUGAUCAGCCAGGGGAGCCCGUCGCUAGGGAAACCCACGGCGGUGCUGGCCCCCCACCAUCAGCUGGUGGGACCGGCCACCGUCCUCAACCCCGUCACCAUGGUUACAGUCCCAACCUUCCCAGUCAGCACACUCAAACUGGCCUAAAGGUAAAAAAUAAAUAAAGGUGGGACUGAAGUCAGUUGAAGGAGAGAAAAGUUCAGAACUUCUGGAUGCGUUGCAACACUCCGAAAAAUAAUCAAUUGCAGAGAAUCUCUUGCAGACAAAAUUGACAAAGAAAAACAUGAAUUGUUUUUUGGACAAUUUGUGAUAAAUAUCUCCAGAGAUAUUUUGGUCACAGCUGUUAGUUUGUGAACAAUAACAUUAAAGCAGUCAGUGGGUCAGGCCAUUGUUGUGGAAAAUAAGACACUCGUCUGCGCUGCAAAGACAGGAACUCUGUUUUACCUUCCUUCCUUCUUCUCUCCUUCCUUUCCUUCCUCCUCUCCUUCCUUUCCAACCAGAAGCACUAACAUAAUAAGCUCAGUUCACACUCAGGCAUCAAGGAUCUCACCGUAUCUAUCUAUUCAUCCACUCAUCGAGUGAAAAUGAGAGAGAGAGAGAGAGAGAGAGAGAGAGAGAGAGAGUGUUGUCGUGGUAAUUCAAUUUGUGCCCAUUUUUAUACUCAUAAUCAUGAUGUCACGUUAAACAAUUCUGGUGGAGUAAUGUCACUGAUGUGUUUGAGAGCAGGAGGAGGGAGCUCAGUGGGCUAAAGUAGAUCCCAUUACAUAGUUGGCUGAAUAGAACCUUUCGCGCUCUCUUUUUUUAAAUUUUUAUUGCAUCCAGUUGUUUUUUUUGGUCUGUUUCUGAUCCUGCUCCACAAAGUGACUGCUAAGCCAUUUCCAUUUACCUCCAAAUGAAGGUUCCUUGCCACUUCACUUGGUACCAGACACCUUGCACAUAGUUUGGAAAAAAGGAAUGAAUAGUGCAAUAAUAAAAAACAGAUCUUCAGUUUAAAAAGCAGACAAAGACAAGGAAAACCUCAUCGACAAGUGUCCCAUUCAACCAUGCAAUUUUUAUCCACUUUGUCUCUGUUAUUAAAUACGGAGCAACUCCAGAUAUGAGGAGUGGGGUUAAAGGGGAAGAGUUUGGGCAAUGAUUGCUUGGUUUGUUUCAACAGACAGAAUCAUCUGUUUUUACUGGCCUUCUGGAGAUAUGUAGGGACAACAUGACCUUUGCCUGUUGGCUAUUGGAGAUUCAGAAAACAAGUUACAAAAGUAAAUUCAUGCAGUCAGUUUAAAUAUAAAUUGUUAUAGACAGUUCUGACAUGAUGCUGCACCAGAUACAAUAUCCCAAACGCCUAAAAUGUGUGUGGUGAAUUUAAUGUCAAAGGACGAAAGAAUCCUGUAGAACUGCUCUCAUACCUUCAGUGGCCGGUGGCUUCAGCCUCCUCCCCUCUGAUGCAACAGCUCCCUCUGCUGCCUCAGGCAGACCUCGUACUGAUCAUACUCACAACACAAACUUCCUGCACAGGCUUUUAAAAUCUGGGGAAACGACGAGAGACAUGUUGAGUGUAAGAGUCCCUCUUGACCUUGAAGAAGAACAAAAUCUUAACUCAAGGAGUGUUCUGCAUUAUAUUACAUCCAGCCACGUGAGAAACUCAAACGGUCUGAGAAGAUUGUGAGAUAUGUUGGCAACUUCUGAAUGGUAGUAAAUGGACCUUGAGUUAAGAUUUUGAUUUGUCAAACUAGGUGAGAUACAUUUGUCUCAUUAAACAUUGUAGAUAUAGCACAAGGAAAUGUUUAAAAAGACUGGAAAAAGUAUCGUUUUUAGGUCCUAAAAUGAGUUUACAUAUUUUUUGUGACAUAAUUUGGCAGCAACAUGAUCUUUUGUUCUUUUAAAUAUUUUUUUUUUGUUACAACAAACAUAAUGCCAAAUCCUCUAAAGAAAAUCAGUUUCAAAAUGUUUUCAUUUCAAAAUGGAAAAUGUGUUGUGACAACCACUUUUCUUGGUCUGUCGUCUGUCUGUCUUCUUUGUGUGUGUGUGUGCGUGUGUGUGUGUGAUAGUGUGUUCAUGGCCCUCACAGCCUUCUUGCCAGCCUAUACAUGUCGCACCAUGAAAUCUCCCAUUAUUGUAUGUGUUCGUAGUUCAAUGUCGCGUGGAUCUGCGCCGCGCCUCUGCUGUUUCUGUAUGUUAUGUCUGUAUAUGUGACCGUAUUCAAUGUUUUAUAUUCUGUACUAUAGUUAAUCCUACUGUACCUGUAGCAUGGCUCUGUUUGUUGGUUCUACUUUGUGUGCGUGUGUGUGUGUGUGUGUGUGUGGGUGUGUGGCAAGCAAGAUAUUUUUUUUACACAGAGGCAAUUUAUGUUUUGAGCCCGAUUGAAUGCUAUCGUGUGUGCCUAUACUCAGUUUUCCUGAACACUGUGACAACUCCGGCAAAACACGAACACAUUGAGCGAAUGGAAGAGACAAAGAUUUACUGUAUGAUUGUUUCUUUUUUUCAUGUUUUUAAUUUUUCCAUUUUGUGAGUUGGACUAAGAUGUGGAGUGGAAAAAGUAAAAAACAAAAAAGUUGUUGCUCUUUUCUUGAUAACAUGUCUAAUAUUCAAUUUGACUUUUUUGUAAUAUUUGUAUUUACGUAUGAAAGAUUUGUGAAUUUGUGAUGGUAUGCACGUUUUGGCAUAUGAGUGUAUGCAUCUUAAGAUUUUAAAUGCUUGUUUCUUUUUGGUUUUGUUUUGCAUGUAGAUUGCCGUUUAGUUUUUUGUUUUUCUGUUUAUUUUUGGGACCAUGUACAAUACUGUAUAACGUGGGCAAGAUCUUGGACCUCAUGCUACAUUGAUAUUAUAUAUGAAUAUAGAAACAUGUUUUCCCUAUGGAGAAAGUUUUAAGUUAUAUAUCGCCUGUACACUUUGGGCUGCCUUUUAGAUCUAACUGUCCACUGUUUAAGAUAACAAUGAUGAUAAUGGAUAAAACAUAUUAAUGAUGAAGAAUUAUUCUGAUAAAAUAAUAAAGAUUCUUAAUAAAUCUUAUUACAUUUACAACA